GAGGCCGAAAGCUAAAUGGGUUUUCUUGGUGUAACUUCCUUCCACGAACUAGACAGCAGCAGAUGUCUGAGUGGUGGAAAGAAGAAGCGUGGAGAAAUUCUGCCCCUAAUGUCUCAUCACUGGAUCAAUUUAGAAAAAAAAUCGUUCAGAGGAUUUAUACAGGACGCAGUGCUGACACUCCACCAUCACCAUCACCCCCAUCAUUUGACUGACAGCAUCAUGAGGACUCUCUGCUUGACUCUGGGGCUGCUGCUGCUCGCCGCCUGCUGCUGCAACGCCACACCUAAAGGUCUGAAGGCCAGCACAGCACCCGCAAUCUGCUGCUUCAGCUUUUCCAAGCGGCCUUUACCAUUAAAGCUCGUGUCCGACAUCACCAAGACCCACAGCUUCUGUCAAAAGCAGGCAUUCGUGGUCCAGACUCUUAAAGGAAAACAGAUCUGCUACAGUGAAACCUUCCAGUGGGCUCUGGAUGUCUACAAUAAGCUCCACAACACUGAGGGCAGCGGUCUGCAGCAAGGUGGAAGCAGCUGUCAGAUGCAUCACAGCAGAUCACUUCAGACACGUCAGUUCUACACUGAAAACAGCAUGAAGACUCUCAGCUUUGCAGUGGGACUCCUGCUGCUGUUCACUGUUGCCUACUGCACUGCCAUGCCUCAUGCAGUGAAUGAUAUAACGCCUGCAAAGUGCUGCUUUCAAUUCUUCAAUGGAAGAAUACCGCAGAAGCAAAUUAAGUCCACCACCAAGACUCACAGCAAAUGUGUUGAGAAGGCAUUUGUGGUUAGCACCGCUAAAGGGACCCAGGUGUGUGUGAGGCAGAAUCUCAACUGGGCACAGGAAGCUUUCAAGCGACAGCACGCCGUCCAGUACUAAAUGAUCAAACAUCUCCAGCUACUCUGGCCAUGAUAAAGCUCUGCCCUCUAUGCUUG